ACUGUGUGUAUACAUAACUUCCCGAUUGCCGAUUCUGCAGUGUGUGAAUUUGCCACGAACGAAGUCUCGAACGACCUGAUAAAUCUAGAAUAUCUUCACAACAUGAAUAGAUUAACAUGUCUACUUUAAGCAGUCGACAAACAGACUAAAUUUCCCGCGAGUCUGUUUUGAGUAUGCUGUCGUUGUUUGACAUUUGCAGCUGAAAUUCUACGUCGUAGAGGCGAGCUAGUUUGAUCUCAUAAUGGGGAACUGUCUGCAGGGUCAAACAGCUGACGAUAUUUCGUUGCUUCACGACGAUGCUGAAGUUCAUGAGCGCCUGGGACCCCCACCACCGUAUCAGGAGGAAGCUCCCGUUUACCAUGUGACACCAAACCAGAGAAGAUCAGCCAGUCAACUGACCGAAGAAGAACAAAUCCGAAUUGCCAAACGAAUUGGCCUUAUACAGCACUUGCCCAUAGGGCAAUAUGAUGGUAGCAAAAAGGCUAGAGAGUGUGUGAUAUGUAUGCUUGAUUUCCAAUUAAACGACCCCAUCCGCCUCCUGCCGUGCAUGCACAUCUACCACACAAAGUGUAUAGACGAUUGGUUGAUGCGCUCCUUCACGUGCCCGUCGUGCAUGGAACCCGUAGAGGCCGCUCUUCUGUCCACCUACGACGACGGACAUUAGGAGGUCAAUACCAGAGACUUUAUAAGAAUAUAUUUUUUUGUAGUCGUCCGAGAUGUUUUCUUCAAGAGGGAUCUGUAUAACGUGUGUAAGUGAGAGGCGUGAGAGCGGUUUCGACGACAUUUACAUCGAAAACGAAUUUGACGAUUGAACGAGUAAUGGUUCACCAUGCAGGUAAUAACGCGGAAGUUUUAUUGGAAUCGGAAAGCUCUUCUAAACGGUCGUGUGAUUUGCAACUGUUUGGGAGUAAAACAAUCAAGAAUCAGAGCAUGAUUUUUUAACUUCAUUGUGCUCCAGUCUCUGCUUAUUCCAAAAGUUCACAUAUAUGGAAUUAUCAUUAAAAAAAGGAAAACAAAGAGAAUGAACUGCAAUCACUGGAGUAUCUUUUACCAUCAAGAUGAUUGAAUAUGCGACGAAUGGCCGAGAAUAUACAUGUAAAAGAAGACAAGAAAAUACGUCGUCAGUAAUGAUUUAUUUUUCUGAUAGGCAUUCGAGGUAAAAGUUACAGAGAGAAGGUGAUCCUGAGCAACUUCUUUUUUUCUAUCUGAGGUUCUUUAUUUCUUGAGAACUGGAUAUUUUGUGCAUGUUUUGUACACAUUGCUGUAGGAAAAA